ACCCAAGCCAAAGACCAGAUGAAAAGCCGUAUAGUUUAGACACGUUGAGGAGUGCGCACAAAUGAACACUAAAUCAGUCACUUUGUCACACUAUACAGCAUGACAAGCCCAUCCCGUCACGUUUCCGACUCCCGAUGCGCUUCUACUUAUAGAAAAAUACAACUCCAGAAUUUUGGUAAUGUUCCUAAAGCACACCUUUUUUCCUGCAAAGUGCCACCACCACAAUUCUUUCUGCUAUUUGUUCUGAAUUGGAAUUGAUUUCUUUCCUUCGUCCUCAAAUUCACUUGUUUCUUUGCUUGUAAGAGUAUUAUCUAUGGCUUUAAAUAUGGAGUCUUUGGCUGAGGCAACUUCUGGGGCUGUAGGAUCUUUGCUAAGCACCACUAUAUUGUAUCCUUUGGAUACUUGCAAAUCCAAGUACCAAGCUGAACUUCGAGCUCACGGUCAGGCAAAAUACAGAAAUACUCUUGAUGUCUUGUUGGAGGCCGUUUCUUCUCGGCAAGUUCUUUCACUCUACCAGGGUCUUGGAACAAAGAACGUGCAGUCUUUUGUUUCAUCUUUUAUUUACUUCUAUGGAUAUGAUUUCUUCAAGAAACUAUACUUGAAGAGAAGUGGAUUUAAAUCCAUAGGAACAAGAGCUAACUUAAUAAUUGCUGUUGCAGCUGGGGCAUUUACAGUCAUAAUAACCCAGCCUCUUGAUACAGCAUCUUCAAGAAUGCAAACUAGUGAUUUUGGGAAAUCCAAGGGAUUCUGGAAAACCCUCUCGGAGGGCACUUGGAGUGAAGCAUUUGAUGGUCUAGGAAUAUCCAUCAUUCUCACUUCAAAUCCAGCAAUUCAGUACACAGCCUUUGAUCAAUUUAAACAAAGAAUGCUGAAGAAGAAGAUGAAAAGCAAUAGAGGGGUGGAAUCAAGUCCAGAAUCUCUUUCUGCUUUUUCUGCCUUUGUUUUGGGGGCAGUCUCAAAAUGUUUUGCCACCUGCAUCACUUACCCAUUAAUAAGGUGUAAAGUCAUGAUACAAUCUGCUGAAUCAGAAGGAGAUGCAGAGGAUGAAGCCGAGUUAAGAGCCCGAAAAACAAUCUCUGGAUCUCUUCGUGCCAUAUGGAAAAAGGAAGGGCUAAUUGGAUUCUUUAAAGGGUUACAGCCUCAGAUCCUGAAGACUGUUAUAAGCGCAGCACUGCUGUUGAUGAUAAAGGAGAAGAUCUCAAAAACCACAUGGGUUCUGCUUUUAGCAGUAAGGAGAUAUCUGUUCCUAACAAGGACCAGACUAAAGAGCUCUUGAAAUUCUCUUAGAAGAGCUGCUGCAUGAUUAAAAUGUAACAAUGCAAAUUAGCUCGUAGGCCCUUGUUCGAGACAUGGAGCCACCUUGCACACGAAUAAGUGUUUCAUCUAAUAGCGCCAUUCUCUUUCAGUUUUUCUGUUGAAAUGGUAUGUUUCAAACUAUCUUUUUACGUCUUCUUUCUGUAUACAGUAAUUAUGAUAUUUCCGUUCUGUCGUUUUUAAGUCCUACUCUACAAAUCGUAAGGAAUGUAAAGAGUGGUUGUAUUUCUGCUUCUGUCUGCAUUUGCCCUUGUAAUUGACAGUUUUGCAAGGUCUCCAUGUACAUGUAAAAUAAAAUAUGGAUAUUCAGGAUGGAUUCUUACAGCCCCCAAGAGAGGCUGCAGUCCCUCUAUACAUUGCAAAAUUUUCGUUCUC